UUAAUAAAAGUAAAGUUUGAAAAUAAUAUUAAUGAAACAGUUCGUUCGACGUAUAUAUAUUCCCCUAAGAACUUUUGGCGCCGAGAUGCAAUUGACCACUUUGAGGUGGAGGGUACCAAAUUCUCUUUUUAUGAUCCAAACUCUUGCUAAAUCUCUAACUCAUCCGCAUCUUGAAUAUCAAAACAAGUGAUUGUUGGUGAGAAGAGAGAGAGAAAUUACGUCAUAUCAUUCUCUUCGUCGAAUGAGGAGAGGUGCAAAAUCACACAGGAUAUUCAAAGACAGGGCUAUGAACCGCGUUGAUGAUCUUCAAGGCAUGUUCAUGGAUCUGCAAUCUGCAAGGAAGGACAGCCGUAACAUCGACAUGGCUGUACUCGAGGAACAAGUUCAUCAGAUGCUCAAGGAAUGGAAGAAAGAACUUAACGAACCUUCUCCUUCUCCUUCUCUGCAACAGGGUGCAAGUUUAAGAUCCUUUUCACCAGACAUAAGUAGGUUAUUGCAACUCUAUGAUGAAGAAGAUGAUGCAACCAGUGGGUUGGCUGCUCCAAAACCCGAUCCAGAUGCCCAAAACGCCACUCAAAAUGCUACUAGUACUUUCCACAAGAGCUUUCUUGCAACUCAGAUGUGUCAAGAACAAGGGGUAGAUACGUCUUUUGGGAUAAACACAACAGGAGUACAUAAUCCAGAUGGUUUACCUCAAAUCGGUACCUAUCUGCCUAACAUUUGCCCUCCACCUUCUGCUUUUUUGGGACCAAAAUGUGCUCUUUGGGAUUGUCCCAGACCGGUUCAAGGGUGGUGCUCUGAGAGGGCGGUUCAAUGGUGGUGCGCCAAUUAUUGCAGCGGUUUGCAUGCUACAAUAGCUCAAAAUGAAGGUCAACCUGGGAUGACACCUGUCAUAAGACCUAAAGGCAUUGAGUUGAAGGAUAAUUUGCUUUUUGCUGCGCUUUGUGCAAAAGCGCAGGGGAAAACGGUUGGUGUUCCAGAGUGUGAAGGUGCAGCCACUGCAAAAUCACCAUGGAAUGCUCCCGAGCUCUUUGAUCUCGCGGUUUUUGAGGGAGAAACCCUGCGCGAAUGGUUAUUUUUCGAUAAACCGCGAAGGGCAUUCGAGAGCGGAAACAGAAAGCAAAGAUCACUCCCGGAUUACAACGGAAGAGGUUGGCAUGAAUCAAGAAAACAAGUAAUCAAUGAAUCCGGAUGGCUAAAAAGAUCCUAUUACAUGGACCCACAACCCAUGAAGUUCCUCGAAUGGCACCUCUAUGAAUAUGAAAUCAACAAGUAUGAUACUUGUGCACUAUACAGAUUAGAACUAAAACUUGUUGACAAAAAAAAGAGCCCAAAAGGAAAGAUUGCUAAUGAAUCGGUUAUCAAUCUUCAAAAACAAAUGGGGAGACUUAAAGGAAGGGGAAAAGGAUGUGCGACUGUUUACCCUGAUUUGAGCCAAACGAAACGAACAUUGGAUAGUGAUUAUGGAGGAAACAUGGGAUUUAACUAUCUUAUUGAGGAUCUUGGUGGCUACUACUUAACAUAAUUUGAAGAAAAUUUGAGAAGGUUUUUUUGUUUUUGCUUAGAAAGAUUAAGAAACACUAAUGUUGACAUGUUUUCAUAUAUAGGUUGGCUUUUGGCAAUAUAAUAAUACAUUAUAAUCUUGUUUAUGAAGAUUUUGAAUCAUUGGUAGUGUGAUUUUUUUUCUAAUUCAAUAAGGAUGUAUAAGAUUGAAUAUAAUUUAUUCAAUCUUUAAAUCAAUACUAUAAUUUUUGUGUAAUCCAUACAUUGUGUA